GUGACCAGCACUCCGUCUCGCUUCCAAGUUCCAAGCACUGGAAGAUUUCGCUGCCGGUCAUCUACACCCAACACCAUCAUGUCCUUUUUCGUAGCUGAGAACGCAAGGCCGGCAGGCGGUCACGGUCGCUGGCACACAGAUGGACUGAGCAGUAUGAACUUUGACGGCUCCAUCCGAGGUGGCGCACCCAACGCCCAAGCCCCAUCUGCACAACAGCCGCCUCCGCCCCACACCGCCAACAACACCAUCUACUUCGGGGCUUCGCUCGUCGACCAGUCCGGCCCAAACAAUACAAUUCCAUAUACACGCCGCCCGCCGGAAUUCGCUACCACUCUCAACAGCGACCCCGUGGAGGUGAUUGAGCGCCGGCAGCAGAUGAAAGAUGAUCUGGCGCAUUGGGCGAAGGUGCAGAUGAAGGAGAAGGAGGAGAGGAGGAAGGAGGAGAGGAAGAGGAGGGUCGAGGAGGAAAGGGGGAUGUACUUUCCUUUUGGUAGGAGUGGGAGGGAGGGAAGGGGCGGCGAGAGGAAAGGUGGUGAGGUGAGGAAGACUGUGCAUAACGGGGCUGGUGCUUCGAUUUCGAGGCAGGAGCAGGUUAGUGUGGAUUGGAAUUCGCGGGAGCGAGCCCGAAGUACAGCAAGCGCAAAUUGGGGCGAAGCCGGCCGCGCGAGCGCAGACAGUGCGAAGGGAGUGAGCCGAAUGGCGCCGAAUGCGUAAUGCUGGUAUCGUUCCCGUUCUUACCGAGCGUCUGAGGGCCCUUUGGUUCUUGUUUCCGAGUUCAUGUUACGAAGAGAGCGAACCGAGGGCAUUUCCUGUGUGGGGAAGCACUUAUGCACAUUCAUUCUCCAUUUCAGACACAUCCACCACAGACCAAUUACAUUCCCAGCACAGUCACCCACCGCACUCACCAUCACCCAACAGUCGCGAGCGCCCUCGGCUUCAACAAUGACACCUC